AUGCUCACGUCGAAGACAAGCGAUAUCAAAAUUAAUAUGCAGCAUGUGAAAAACAUGCAGGUUAACGCUCUUUUAUCGAAGCUGAGAGAACAAGACAAAGAGUUGAAAAGGUCUUUUCACGUUGCAAAAAAUCGGGAGAAAUCGUUGCCAAAGGGUUGCUCACUACAGAGAAGUAAUAUAUCCAGGGUCUGGCAUCUUGGAAGUGCACCACCCUUUAAGGGUCUAAAUAUGAUCGAAGUCAUGGAAAAGUGGCAGAGACCAAAACGCGCUCAUAUGCAUGACCAUUUCCUACAGAGCGGGAAGAAGGGAAAAUUUGAUCAUUUUAAAGACCUCCCAGAAGGAUUGGUCGAUUUCUUAAUAAGUUUCGUCCUUGACGCUCUCGGCCUCUACCGCGACGAACUUCUACGGACGCCAGAUGAGCAUAAGCGGACUUCAUUAGCAGAAGAUGAUGACGGUCGCGAGCAAUUAUUCAACGUCCUCUCAGAGAAAAGAGUUGUAUGGAGCGAUCACGCAAGGAUAGCAAUAGGGAGGGCCUUGGCAGACAUCCGAACAUAUCAUUUUGACCUUGAAAGAUCCGCUCUUCAUCCAUCAAAGAAAAAACGUGUCGUCAUCGAAGACUCUGAAGGCAGGAGUACCGGUACCACACAGGAAGACCUGGUGAUUCAGAAGACUGAAUGCGUAGAAGAUGAAGUCGAAGACAUCGAGGAAGCCUGA